AAUGAAAAGAGUUUAAAGAGUGGUUUGCCAUGAAAUCGUUACUGCUAGUGAUUUGUUGUUGUACCUUUUACAAUUUGGCGCAAGGGAGAAACUUAAAACAAUUACCUGAAUAUUUACAGAAAUACAACUGCAAAGCUUCAGACCCCGAUUAUGAAAAAUGCGUGUUGAAAGGUUUUCAAGAUGCAAGGCCUUUUUUCUUAAAAGGAAUUCCAGAAUUAGGAUUUCCAGCUUUGGAGCCGUUCCGAGUUCAAAAGUUUGCUGUUAACAGUACAAUUAGUAAUUUGGUAAAAAUAGAUGCUGUCUGUGAAAAUGCUGAAAUUACAGGAUUGGCCAAUACAGUCAUUCAAGAUUUAAAAGCUGAUCCUAUUAAACACUACGGUGAAAUUAGAUUGUUUAUUCCAUGGAUGUAUACCAAUUUUGACUAUGAUGUUAAAGGACAACUUUUGGUUAUUCCUCUAGAAAGCAAAGGACAUUUUGAAGGAAAUUUCACUGAUACGCAGGUGUUAAUGAAAGGUGACUUAAAAACUUACCUUAAGGAUGGAGAAGAAUAUUUUAAAACCAACAAGCUUUAUCUAAAAGCUCGAAUUGGUAAUGGAUGGGUGAAACUCACGUCCAAACAAAAGGAAUUCCAAUAUGCAGCUGAUAUAAUUACCGAUUUCUACAAUGAAAAUCCUCGUCGCGUUAUGGACGCCAUUAACCCUAUAUUCGUCCAAUAUGCCAAGGCCUUCGCAAGGCAAGAAAUGGAUCAAGUUUUAUCAAAACUUCCUGCUGCAGCAUGGUUACCCAAAUAAUCAAUAUAAGUUUGACAACUAAAUACUUACCAAUAAGUUUAGAAGAUUGAAAGUUGGGGAAGAGGGAAUUGUUUUGUAAAAGUUAAAUGUCUUGAAGAGGUUUUUAUAAUUUUAG